AUGGGUGAGGUGGUCGACGAGGUGGUGCUGGAUGAGGUGGUGGACGAGGGGGAGAAAGGGGAGCCGGCAAUUCCAGGAUCAAGAGGACCUCCUGGAUUUCCUGGCGCCCCAGGGUUUGGGAGCAAGGGAGAAGCCGGGCAGCCCGGCCUGCCUGGCAGAGAGGGCUCUCCAGGGAAAGACGGUGAACGAGGAACACCAGGAAGAGACGGAUCUCCAGGCUCCUCGGGCCAGCCCGGGCUUACAGGUGGACCUGGGCCUCAGGGUCCCAAGGGAGAUCGGGGAUUUCCAGGCCCUCCUGGAAAUGUGGGUGUUGGAAUAGCGACUUUGAAAGGUGAUCGGGGCCUACCCGGUACGCCGGGACGUCCCGGCAGUACAGGCCAACCAGGUCCACCUGGCUUUCCUGGCCAACCCGGGUUACCCGGCUACGCUGGGCAGACACAAGCGGGACCCCCCGGCUUGCCCGGGGAGAGGGGCUCCAAGGGGGACACCGGGGUACCCGGCCUGGGGAUCCCCGGGCCCAGCGGGAGGCCCGGGACCCCAGGGCCUCAAGGCCCCGUGGGCCAACCUGGAGACUCGGGCCCGUGCGACCGCGGAAUCCCCGGCAGGCCCGGUGACACCGGCCAGCCGGGACGGCCUGGGCAGCCGGGGAUCAGAGGUGAUAAGGGUGACACGUGUGUAAAUUGCCAGAGCCCAUUCCCUCCCAGCGUCCCCUCUACACAGGGGCCCCCAGGGCCGCCUGGAGCCCCUGGGCAACCAGGUUUCCCCGGAACUCCGGGCUUCAAGGGCGACGUGGGAACCCCAGGCACCUCUGGGCCAAGGGGUCCCCCCGGUAUCCCCGGCCCCGUGGGGCGUCUGGGUGCCCCGGGGCUCAAAGGGGACCCAGGAUCUGCGUUCCCCGUGCCGGGUACCAAGGGCGACGAAGGGGACCCUGGGAGGCCGGGGAUCGACGGACGGCCCGGGAACCCCGGGAGGCCUGGGGUGGAUGGGUCCCCCGGGUUCCCGGGGUCUAAAGGGGACCCUGCCCCGUUUGGACUGAAAGGGGAGCAGGGUCCACCGGGCCCCCCGGGAUUUUCGUCAUCGCCGGGGCUACAGGGCCCCCCGGGACCCCCAGGGAUAGGGUUCCCUGGCCCCCCCGGCAUGAAGGGGCCGCAGGGGGUCCCGGGCCGGCCGGGUGCCCCAGGGACUCCCGGCGAGAAGGGAGACCCCGGCUUAACCAAGACUGAGCCUGGGCCCUCAGGGCCUGCAGGACCCCCUGGGGGACAAGGACCCCCGGGGUUCCCAGGGACCCCGGGAUUCGAAGGGAGUCCAGGGACCCCGGGGCAGCCGGGGCCCAAAGGGGAUCAGGGACUCCCUGGCAGGGGGGUCCCUGGAGGACCUGGACCCAAAGGCUUCUCGGGUACCCCGGGAACUCCCGGAAACCCCGGGGGGCCCGGCACGCCGGGACAGGGUGGCAAUCCGGGCAGCCCCGGAUUCCCCGGCAUCAAGGGAGACCCCGGCUUUGGCACCCCGGGACCAUCGGGAACCCCAGGGCCCCGUGGGGUCCCCGGGCCCCCGGGCCUGAAGGGGGACCCCGGGCUACCGGGACAGGGGGCCCAACCCGGGCGACCCGGGGCGGAUGGAACGCCGGGGCCCAAGGGCGAUGCAGGGUUCCAGGGGAGGCCCGGUCAACCGGGGUCACCUGGUACCCCUGGCAGGGGCUCUCCUGGAGCAACGGGGACCCCAGGACCAUCGGGUCCACCCGGGACCCCAGGUUUCCCGGGGGGCCCUGGCGCCAAGGGGGAGCGAGGCCCCCCAGGACUGGGGGGCCAGGGGUCCCCGGGGGACCGGGGAACGCCGGGACCCCCCGGGCCCCAGGGGCAGCCGGGUCAGCCGGGCAGCGGAGGGAGGUCGGGGCAGGAUGGACAACCAGGGAGGCCCGGAGGUAAAGGUGACAUGGGGGUCAUGGGCCUACCAGGGCCCUCGGGUCCCAGCGGCCUCCCGGGGACCCCAGGGUCACCCGGUCCCCCAGGUUUUGACGGACGCCCAGGUGACCCAGGGAUCCCUGGUUACGCCGGGGGACCCGGAGAGAAAGGGGACCGUGGGUUUCCAGGUCAACCGGGGGUCAGGCCCAACGUCACCGACCUAAGGGGACCCAAGGGGGACAGAGGGUCCCCAGGACGGGAUGGGGGCCCAGGUCCCCCAGGAUUUUCGGGGUCUCCUGGGAACCCCGGAUCCCCAGGGUCCCAGGGACUCCCCGGGCCGUCAGGAUCCCCAGGUGUGAAGGGUGAGAGGGGGUUCCCGGGUCAGCCUGGCAGCCCCGGGCAAUCCGGAGAGAAGGGGGAUUCGGGAGAGCUUGGGAUACCAGGACCCCCUGGCAGUAUCGGCGUCCCUGGGGCUGCGGGGUCCCCGGGGUCGCCCGGGUCCCCCGGGUUCGCAGGGUCCAAGGGGGCCAAGGGGGAGCCCUCUCCACCCGGACUGGGAUUCCCCGGCAGGGCAGGAGAGAAGGGCGACCCAGGAUUCCCAGGGUCACCAGGGACCGGGACUCGGGGCUUGCCGGGGUCACCGGGUCAGCCGGGGUCACCGGGAUUUACCGGCGCCAAGGGGGAGAAGGGGUCAGAUGGACGGCCAGGAGGCCCAGGGUCCUCAGGACCCAAGGGAGCUGCCGGAUUCCCUGGGAGAGACGGACAACCAGGAUCUCCAGGACUCAUUGGACCUCCGGGUCAGCCGGGGUCGCCCGGAUUUCCUGGAAGCAAAGGAACUCAAGGCCGUGAUGGGAUCCCCGGUUCCCCCGGUAGCAAAGGGGACCCAGGGCCCUACGAUGCCGGUCUGCCAGGGCCUCCUGGAUCACCUGGAUUUCAAGGGUCUCCUGGUCUCCCCGGGUCUCCCGGAUCGUCGGGCCAACCCGGCUUCCCGGGGUCAAAGGGCGACCCCGGACGUCAGGGGGGUCCAGGCCCCCCGGGACGCCAGGGCCCAGCGGGGCCCCCCGGGGAGAUCUACCCGGGCAUCAAGGGGGACCCCGGUCUGCCGGGACUCCCUGGGAAUCCAGGGCCCCCCGGCUCGCAGGGUCCCGUGGGCCUCCCCGGCUUCACGGGACCCCAGGGGGAGGUCGGUCCGCCUGGUCCCAGCGGCGCCUCCGGCUAUCCGGGCCCCAAGGGGUCACCCGGGAUCGCGGGGAUUCCGGGUUCCCCUGGGCUUCCCGGGUUUGACGGCCCCAAGGGUGAACGAGGACCCCCCGGGAUUUCCGGCUUCAUUGGUGCUAAGGGCUCCCCUGGCAGCCCCGGGCAGAAGGGGAACGUGGGUCCCACCGGCCCUUCUGGGCCUUCUGGCCUCCCAGGCCGUGCAGGGGCACCUGGCAGCGCUGUCGGCGGUGUGCCGGGCCCUGGCGGACCCCCAGGACCUGUGGGACCCCCUGGGGUUAGCGGAUUGCCGGGAUCACCGGGGCCACUGGGUGUUCCGGGCGUCUCCGGCGACCCUGGGGAGGAUGGCAACCCGGGAUUUGACGGCUUCCCCGGAGAGAAAGGGGACCCGGGGUCAUCGGGGGGGCCCAGGCCCGCACGGAUACCCCGGGAGCAAGGGGGACGUGGGAUUCCCCGGACCCCCGGGUACCCCUGGAGUCAUCACGGGAUCCAUGCGGCGGACGCGGCACGGUUCAUGAUUUCACGUCACUCGCAGAGCACGGAGCUCCCGACAUGCCCCCAGGGAACGACGCUGAUCUACACCGGCUACUCGCUCCUUUACUUGCAGGGAAAUGAACGCGCGUACGGACAGGACCUGGGCACGCUGGGCAGCUGCCUGCCCCGCUUCAGCACCAUGCCGUUCAUGUUCUGCGACGUGAGCGCCGUCUGCAACUUCGCUUCGCGGAACGACUACUCCUACUGGCUGUCCACCAGCCAGCCCAUGCCAGCCAGCAUGGCGCCCGUGUCGGGGCCUCAGAUACAGCCCUUCAUCAGCAGGUGUGCGGCGUGCGAGGCUCCUGGGCUCGUCAUCGCCGUGCACAGUCAGUCGGUGCGCCUGCCCAGCUGCCCCGGGGGCUGGGACACGCUGUGGAUCGGAUACUCGUUCGUCAUGCACGUGAGCGCGGGUGCCGAGGGCUCCGGGCAGCCGCUGUCGUCCCCGGGCUCGUGCCUGGAGGAGUUCCGCCCCGCGCCCUUUGUCGAGUGCCACGGCCGCGGCACGUGCAACUACUACACCAACUCCUACUCCUAUUGGCUCGCCGACAUCGACGCGCGCCACAUGUUCCGGAUUCCUCAGCCGGAGACGCUCAAGGCCGGAGUGUUGGAGACCAAAGUUAGCCGCUGCGUGGUCUGCAUGAAGCGAUAGACACGGAGACACACGGAGACACACGGAGACACACGGGGACACACGGAGACACGGAGACAGGGGGACAGGGGGACACGGAGACAGGGAGACA